CACUCAUCUGCCAUGAUGAAGUCUCAGAAAGAAGGCAGAAGCCUCACCUCAAGCACCAAGGAAUGGAGCCGGCUGUCUAUGGACUGAGACCUCUGAAACUAAGGUGCUUUUCGUCCUAUCUGGGUGCCUGAAUGCGCAAUCAGACAUGGAAGAGAUAGAACCGAGAUUCAAGCGACUGAAGAUCGACUCAGAGAAGCCCCCAUUCAAAAGGAAGAGAUAUCGAAAAAAGACGAAGAGAAACCAGAUUGACCCAGCCGAAAAGCUGAUUUCAUGGGAAGACGUGAAGAAGCUAACAACACAGGCUUCCCGAAUAAUUCGACUCCUAGGAAAGAACAGGACCCCAGUGAUGAUGGUAGCAACAGUAAUUGCCCUGCUGGGCUGUCAGGUAAAGGGGGAUCAAGUAGACACUUACUGGACAUAUUUCCCAGAUCCACCCCUGGUACACCCAGCUGUGUGGACUGGAGAAUCUAUUCCAGUGUUUACUAAUGACUCAUUCAUGAUGGGAGGAUUUACAGAUACUCAUAUUACUCCCAAUCAUGUGACUAGAUUUAAUUAUUCUGGCUACAAUGCCCAAUUACCUUUGUGUUGGUCCCAUGAUAAACAUGCUGGCUGUCUGAAAGUAUCAUUUGAGGAAAAGACAGCGAUUGGUAGACCUAGACUGACUAAUUAUUCUAUUUAUGGAGACUUAAAACCUUAUACUAGAUCAGUAAUUAAGAUGGGACUUUCCCAUAACAAACCAGUCAUUUCUACAAAACCUCCACGGAUACCCCACUGUCCAAAUAGUUCUACAAUUGAUAUUGGCACCUUUCCUAGAUGGAUGGAUUGUGUAAAUACUUUUCCUGUACAACAUAAGGUGUCUAAAGAUAGUGGGUAUAUUUUAGACUGCUCUCCAAAAAUUGAUAAGAGACAAUUAUGAAAAAAUUCUGCUGACACCUACAAGAUU